AUGCUGGUGCAACUGAAGGCCAAAUUCCACCAGGGCUCCACAGUUGAAAGCGGGCAGUCAGUGUCGUCACUCCAAGAUGAUAUUGACUCUCUGCUUCAGCCACAGCAUGGUGGAAAAGCACGCUGUGGAAACGAAGUCACUGUAUUCCGGGACCUCAAGAAGAUUUCCACUGGUAAAGAUUUGGUAUUCACAAAGGCGCUAUGUGAUCUCCUCUCCAGACACAUCUCACCUGGGAUGGCGCCCAAUAUUAUCCCAGAUGCAAUUAGAGAGAAGGCCUCUCACAGGACACAUCCUGACAUGUAUGCUGACAUACAGAACAAAAUGUGGAGUUUCCUGGGAAUGCUGAGGUGGUGGCUGAACACUAAGGUCGGCGGCCACAGUCGAGAAGCUCUAGGCCGAUUGGAAAAUCAAUCAAUGGCACCAACACACAUCACACCAACACAGUCAGCAGGGGCGUGUGAGGACGCAACAAUAAAGACAUCAAGAAACAAAAUGUCCAUCAAGGUGGUCAUGCAGAAGCUGCUUACACGCCUAUUCAAGAAAGCAAAAGUGGACUUCAACCUUAAAAACCCUGAGGACUUCAUAGACCGCCUGCUGGAAAAAACAUGGGCCCAAGUCGAGGGUGUCGAUUUCCAUACCACCACAAAAACAUUCAAAAACCUCGACAAGGACAUUUUCAAAGACGUGCGUAAGAAGUGGGGCAGUGCAGAAGACAUGCUGGUCUCUGUGAAUUUAGGGGAUCCAGCACUGGAAGACUCUAUUGCCUGCUGUUUCAAAGCUCACCUGAUGAAAUCACAGAAAACAGGGUUCUUCUCAUCUGUGUGUAAAGCCAUCUCCAAUAUCUGCAGGUGCAGAAUCAGGGUGGUGACGUAAUGCCUGUUUGUUGCCAAGCGGAAAAAAUAAAAAAAUAAAAACAUAG